GCGGUGCAGCCCGGUGCCAGGCUCUGCCGUGCCCCCCCGGCGGGGAUACGGCUGUGCUGUGAGGCUGUGGGAGGGCGGGGGGAGAAACGUCUGUGCGGGGCCCACCCUCAUCUUCCCUUUUCGUCGGUGAGUCAGUGUCGCGUUCGGCUGGACGGCUCUUUCGGACGGCUCGCAGGCUGAGGGAGGCUUGAAGCAGAGGCUCCUCUCACUGUCGGAUCUGUUCUGGAGGCCGUGGUCACCCGGCUUGGGGUGUCUGCAGCUCUGCAGCAGCAGACAGUGGCUUCCAGAGGCAUCUCUCCAGAAUCCUGCAAGUAGGUUGUAGAAUAAUGUUGAUAUAGUUGGUAUCUGCUGUACCUCGUUUACCUGGAGAUUUCCUGUUUCAGUUUGUUUCUGAGUGUAUUUCCUGAAAGAGAUGAAGAAAGGACCAGGAAGUGGUGCUUGUCCCAGUGCUGGAGUUCCAGACCAGAUAACAGAGCCAAACUCAGAUGGCAGUAGGAGCGACGGAGACUCAGCAAAAGAGAAAGAUGUGCUUCCCUCUCCUGGAGAACUGGAAAAUAUACAGCUGAAACCCAGCAGUGAAACACACAGAAAAAAACUCUGUGGCUAUUUAAAUAAGCUAGGCAUUAGGGGUCCAAUCAAGACCUGGAAGUCUCGGUGGUUCAUUUAUGAUGAAAAUAAGUGCCACUUACUAUACUACAGGACUGCACAGGACAUCAACCCUUUGGGCUCUAUUGAUCUCUCCAGUGCUAGCUUUGACUGCAAAGUAGAAAAUGAUGAAGGGGUUUUUGAGAUCAGAACACCGAACAGAGUUUUUACUCUAAAGGCAAUCAGCAAACAGGCAAUGAUGUACUGGCUGCAGCAGCUACAAGUGAGACGUUGGGAAUUUUGCAGUGCUCAGAGCAGAUUUCCCGUGGGCAGCUCCCAGCUUGUAAAUGAACCUCUAGUUGGCAGAAUAAAUGUUGCUGAUGAUGAGGGCUUUCUGCCUCCAGUCAAAACGCCAACAGAAGUGGUGGGUUUACAGGCAGCCUCUUUGCCUGCACCCCAAACAGCUACAGCUUUGCAGAACAUCUCCCUUAAGCACCCUUGGACAGAGAUACAAAACACUGUCUACAAUAUCUGUGGCUCCAAGCAACUCUGGGGGAAUGAUGGGAAUGUCUUUAACUUCAGUAAAUUCCAGGAGGACCCUGAACAAGAGGCAGAAGUGGAAGCACAGUGUACAGUGAAGGAGACCCCGGAGGAUGGGAGGAUGGAGUCUCGGUUGAACUUGUUUAGGAAAGCCAAGUGGGUGAACAGUAGCUUGGCAGAAGAGCAACCCCGGGAGAGGAACUCAAUGGAUAAAGUGAACGUCCUACAGCAACAGAUGCUGACACUCACAGAGGAGGUCAAGUCACAGAAGGAGUUGGUUAAGCUUCUCCACAAAGCCCUGGAGGCAGCCCAGCAGGAGAAGCGAGUGUCUAGCAUGUAUCUCACUGCAGCAGAAGAUAAGGACAGGCUGGAGUUAGUGCGCCACAAAGUGAGACAAAUUGCAGAUCUCACCAGUCGACUGGAAGCUCUUGAACAGGAGAAGAAGGAACUUGAGCAGAUGCUUGCUCUGAGAGACAGCCAUAUCCAGGAACUCAAAGAGCAUGUGCAGCUUCUGAUGGAGAAGAACCAUGCCAAACAGCAAGUCAUCAUGGCCUUGACAGAGCAGAGGACCCGAGAACACUCUGAUCCCCUGCAAGAAGCAAACGCUGUCACUGCAGAGACAUUGUAUAAACAGCAGGAGGAGAUUGAGCACCUGAAGGAUGAUAUCGAUGCAUACAAAACCCAGAACCAGUUUCUCAAUUCGGAAAUCCACCAGGUUACUCGGCUUUGGACAAGAGUUGCUGAGAAUGAAAAAGCCCUUCUGAUGAAGUGUGCCUAUCUGCAAGCCCAAAACUGCCAGAUGGAGAGCAAAUACCUGACGGUCUUGCGGAAGCUGCAGGAGACUCUCUGCGGCCUCCCCAGCUCACAUGCUGAUUUGGUGAGGAACCUCAUCCAGGAAGCACUCCAGUGGGAUGUGAAGGAAGGAGCAGAUCUGAACCUGAACCCUGUGAGUGAGUAUGAUGAGUAUGGGUUUAUGACCGUACCUGACUACGAAGUUGAGGACUGGAAGCUUCUGGCCAAAAUUCAAGCCCUGGAGAUGAAGUCCAACAACCUGCGGAGCCAGGAGGUAGUGGAGAAGCCCCUUCGUGACAGGUGGAAUAGCAUUGGGGAGCUGAGUCCAUCUGCAGAGCUGAAAAGCCUUAUUAGAAGUGGCAUUCCUGUGGAGCAUCGGCAGCGGGUCUGGAAGUGGAUUGUCAGCCAGCACUGCAGCUAUCUGCCUGACCACUACCAGCGGUUGUUAAGACAGAGCAAGAGCACUGAGCACCCUGCCUGUCGGCAGAUUGAGCUUGACCUGCCCCGCACACUGACCAGCAACAGACAUUUUUCAUCUCCCACUUCCCAGCUCAUCCCCAAGCUCCGAAGGGUGCUGCUGGCAUUCUCCUGGCACAAUCCUGCCAUUGGAUACUGCCAAGGACUGAACAGAUUGGCAGCUGUUGCCCUGUUGGUCCUGGAAGAUGAGGAAAAUGCUUUCUGGUGUCUGGUCCAUAUUGUGGAGAACCUAAUGCCAGCAGACUACUACAGUGACACCCUGAUAACAUCACAGGUAGAUCAAAGAGUCUUCAAAGACUUCCUGGCAGAGAAGCUGCCUCGCCUCAUGGCUCAUUUUGAGCAGUAUCAGAUUGAUGUCUCACUCAUUACCUUCAACUGGUUUCUGGUGGCCUUUGUGGACAGCUUGGUCAGUGACAUCCUCCUGCGAGUGUGGGAUGCUUUCCUGUAUGAAGGGACUAAGGUGAUUUUCCGCUAUGCUCUUGCGAUUUUUAAAUACAAUGAGGAGGAAAUCCUAAGAAUUCAUGACAGUGUGGAGAUCUACCAGUACCUACGUUUUUUCACAAGGAUGAUUGUGGAUGGCAGGAAGCUGAUGAACAUUGCCUUCAAUGAUUUAAACCCCUUCCCCAUGAAACUGCUGAGGAAUCGGAGGAGAAUUCACAGGGAAGAGCUGGAGACAGAGCUGUGCGAGCUGGAACAGAUCAAAGCAGCCUACGUAAAAGGGAGAGCAGAGCAGGGAUCUCAAGGCUUGGAGGAAAUCGUUAGUGAGGAGGAGGAAGAGAUAUAGCGAAAACAGCUCAUCACUCCUCUCCCACCUUGUGGAAGGUCUAACAGCUAUCUGUAUGUGACAGAGGGAGAACAGAUGCUUGUAGGAGUUCAUCUGCCCCUGGAAGGCUGUCGAUGUAGGACCGUGUGGGGAUUUAGCCAGGCUUUGUGAUAGAUUGGAAGGUGUCAGAGGAAUUUUACCCAUCCUGUCCACCCCGUGCUGUGCAACUGAGAGAUGCAGCUGAAGAUCUGUAGGAAAUAAUGGUGGUGGUACCACAACAUGAUGCAGGUGAUCCAACCAGGCAGGGCAUUUCUUGAAGAGGCUUGAAAGAGAUUUUUCUGUGCAUACAAAAUCAUAAAUAAGUAAAGCAAGAGCUUUUCUUCACUGGUACCUAAACUUCUUAACUGUCUGGGAGGGGAACCUGCUCUUUGAACACACAGUGCCUUUAGUGGUUCACUUGCCAGGAGAGCGCACACACACACAAACCUGCAGCUGUUGAGCCAUGCUGCUCUCUCCAGGUUGGGCCUGAAGAAGGCCUGGAAGCUGGAGGACAUCUUGCUAUGGGGCUCAGGCUGGGACAAAUGAAAUGAAACGGGGGAAGGUGGAGUUGUCUAUCCAGUUUAUUUUGGUUCCUGUGGGAAUCCACAGGGGCACAAGGUGUGUCUCUUGCCUGGCUGGAAGAUGCUGGGAACUACCCUUCCUCUUUGUUUAGCUUUGAGCAGAGCCAUCUGUGUGAUAAACUGAAUUUGCACUAGAGAGCCCUCAUCUUGCUGUGAACCAGCUGGCUGUGGACAUGGCAUGGCAACUUGGACUGCUGGGGGCAGCUGAGUCUUUCGACCCACAGCUGACCAGGACAAGCAUGUGGCCCUCUCUGCCUCUGAGGCAUGCUUCUCCUCUGCUAGGUUUCUUCACCAAUGUGCCUGUCUCUGACAUACACUGAAAAUCCACAUGAAUGUGUCCUUUCUGACUUGAUUUCUCUGAGGUUUUGAAGGGAAUCCAUCUUUUCUCUUUGCUGUGCCCAAGUUUUGAGUGUGGGUGCUGCUUUGACGCAUGGAAUAUGGCACAUUAGGGGUGAAACUAUUUGGACUAGAUCACACACACACACAAAAAGUUACUAUUUCCUGAAUUAGCUGCUGGCCUCCAUGGCCUCCAGUGCACCGAAGUGCCCCUCCUGCCUCUAGCAGAUGAGAUCUGGUAGCUUUCUCCUCUGCCCUGGGGCUGCCCCAUCCCUUGGGCCUGCAGCUCAGUCCUCCACAGACGCAGAGUUGGUCGAGCGCUUCAGAUAAAUACAGCUUUUUCCCCAUCCUGAUUCUGCUGCCCUGCUUUCCUGCUGAGAGGUGCUUUAUUCCAGGUGUGCCUGCAGCGCCCUGCUGUACGGGGAGACAUCUGCUCUGUAUUUUUAGGAGCCCACUCAGCAAAUUAUGCCUCCUCUAAACCUUGUGUGUAUAAAGUCAUUCACGCUUGCAGAGAAAGGGAGACGGGGCAUCCACAGCCCGUGCUGCUCUCAGCCAGCUGGGCGAUAGCCAAAGCCACGGACAGCGGUGAGCCCAGCAACCUGGUGCAUACGGUAUGAGACACGAGGACUCCGAUCAGCCCGCUUCGAAGAAUGACAGAAGCCUGAGGUGGCAGAGCCCUCUAGAGGCCGGCACACAGCAUGAAUUUACAUUCAAAUGGGAGCUGAGGUCUGGGAAGAGCGAGAACCCUGCAGCGGAUAGACGGGCAACAGCGAGACAGAUCCACUGCCGUCAUUAACACCUGUGCACACCGACUGUGUGUGAGAAGAAAGUCUCAGCAGUGUCUUACCACAACAUCCCAACCCUCUGCCCGACCCCCAAAAAACCAGACCAGUUUUAAAAGGAUGCCAUGUAACUAGAGAAGCUCCAAAGACAGAAGGAUGUUCUUUAUAGCUGCUGAUCUGAUUGACUCAUAGAUUUACGUGUGCACACAAAUACAGAUUGCUGCUACUUUUGGCUUUUGAAAAGCAUCCUCUCUUAAAUAAUGACGUGGAAAUUAGAAGUAUAGUUAAAAUCCUGUUGUUAUUAAGACUUAUAGGUUUUGCUCCACACGUAACGUUUAAUGGUGUUCCUCUGAUUGUUAAUCACCUGCUGAGUGUAUGACCACUGCUUCCUUCCUAAACUGUGGUGAAAAUGGGCAUAACUGCAAGGCCUCUGCCUUGCCAGCGUGCUCUCACAGCCCCUGCUCCUGUUCCCUCCUGCUCUACCAACUCUGAUGCUCCUGACCAGUGCUGGGCUGAACCACUGGUGUCACGGGAUUGAGCCGGGCCCCGAGGUUUAACUUAGCUGUGUGCUGGUCCUGGUGGCCUUGGCAAGACCUGUGGUAGCCGUGGAUCCUGGCUGUUCUGAACAGAGGUUAUCUCUGCAUGAAAUUCAUGAGGAUACUUUGUGCUGCCACGGCCAGCUGUCACAGCUGGAAAACAAGAGUUUGAGACGGAGCACUGGAGUCCAGUAGUUCCACCUGCCUGCACUGGCACUUGUGAACUGCACGGAACUCUUCUGCUGGCUCAGGAGUCCCUGGGUUUUCAGCAGGUGGCUUCAGCCCUGAUUUGAACCACCGUUACCUUCAUACCCCUUAGCUAAUCCCUUGCUUGCAAAAGUGCCAGCACAUAGCAGAGCAACUCGAUCCCCUCCUGCACCCUGGCGUGCUGCCCUGACAGAGCCAGGUCCAGGACUCCUUUUUGUGAUUUGGGUUAAUUUUUAUCCCAGGCUUGGGCUUCUCUUCCAGGUAGAAUGAUGGAGCAGAGUGAAGGCCUUGCCAGGGGAAGGGAGUGAUAAGGCUCCAUCACAGGGCCUGCAUGCAGUGCUCGGGCUGUUUAUGGCAAUUUC